CCGGCGACCGAUGUUACCCGGGAGACUUUUGAGCUAUUUUCCGCCAUUUUUCUCUCUUUUUCUCUCGAGAAAACUUUCAUCCUUGUUUGCUGGUAUUCGAGAUUUGGAACCCUAGAAAGAUCGAUCGCAAUGACUGGGAGGGAGAUCUUGCAUAAGAUGAAGGUUAAAGCUGGAUUUGGUUCAUCUUCAGCAGAAACCGGAAAAGGAAAGAGCAAAAUGUGGAAGCACAUCACGCAUGGAUAUCACCUGGUGAAGGGGAAAUCUAAUCAUCCAAUGGAAGAUUAUGUGGUUUCACAGUUUAAGAAAGUGGGCGAACAAGAACUAGGUUUAUUUGCUAUAUUUGAUGGUCAUUUAGGUCAUGAUGUUCCUGAUUACCUACAGGCACAUUUAUUUGACAACAUUCUGAAGGAGCCUGACUUCUGGAGUGACUCUGAAAGUGCUAUCAGGAAAGCAUAUGAACUAACUGACAGCAAGAUUCUGGAGAAAUCAAUGGAACUUGGAAGAGGAGGUUCUACUGCUGUUACAGCCAUACUUAAAAAUGGAGAUAAGCUAGUGGUAGCCAAUGUUGGAGAUUCUCGAGCUGUUAUUUCCAAGAAUGGUGUUGCUAAACAACUAUCUGUUGAUCAUGAACCUGACAAAGAACGGCAAGAAAUUGAAGACAAGGGUGGUUUUGUAUCAAACUUGCCGGGAGAUGUGCCACGUGUAGAUGGGCAGCUUGCCGUGGCAAGGGCUUUUGGGGAUAAGAGUUUGAAGAAGCAUCUAAGUUCCGAGCCUUAUGUUGUUGAAGAGGAUAUCAAUGCAGAUACAGAAGUACUAAUCUUAGCAAGCGAUGGACUAUGGAAGGUAAUGGACAACCAAGAGGCAGUUAAUUCAAUCAAAGACAUCAAGGACGCACAAGCUGCGGCCAAGCAUUUGACCGAGGAGGCUCUUGCCCGGAAAAGCAAGGAUGACAUCUCUUGUAUAGUAGUCAAAUUUCAGUAAAACAUUGUUCUAUAGUUCAAGCAUUAGUUACCUGUUAAUCUCUACCUGUAUUCAGAUGAGUCUUUGCUUCUUCCUUAUCUUUUCUUAAUAAACUUUGUUGCGGUAUUAUUGUUAAUUAUAAUCUGUGAAAACAGAUUCCAGAAUUGGUGAGUGUAAUGUAAUGGACCAUAAUGUUGUCUAAUUGUGUCUGUUUAAGCUUCAUAAUUUGCUGUAAUUAUUCAAUGGUUUGAUGCUCUUUUUGUUC